GAAAAUGACUCAACAAAAAAUGCACAUGUUCUCCACUGAAACUGCUCUUCGGAAAUUCCAAAUCAAUACUCAAUCCGACACAAUUUACGUGAACCUCAACUACCUGGCAGAGCUCUCCGAGUAUUUUCAUAUACUACGCACUGGCUUCUACUCCGAAAUGACAGCUGAGAAAGUUAAUUUGAAUGAUGUUUUUGCAGAGGAUCUAGUAGUUUUUCUGUCAUAUGUGUGCCCAGAUGGUUUUGAAUUUGACAGAACUAUUAAUCAACAUAACAUCACACCACUAGUAUAUUUCUCGGACCGCCUCGUCUUCCCGUGGGUUAAACGGGAAGUUCACAAGUAUUUAAAUAGUGAAGCCUUCCAAAACGAAAUAUAUGACACCGAGUUGUUGGUCCAACUUUGCUACCUACUUCACAGUCAGAAUUACAGCGAAAUUGACGUGGUUUUCAAAAAAAUCGCGCUCAUUGAUAACCCGUUAGUUGUGGAUAGGCUUGUACAAGAAAUCACGGAUUCAGAUGUUCAGUCGUUUUUCACAAAGAAGAUUUUGCAAUAUAGACCGUAUACCGAGAAGCCACGGCCACAAAUGUUCUUUGACUGGGAUCACACUCCUUAUUCCGCCUAUGUUUGAUUUACUACAUUUUUGCAUUUGCAUUCAAUUAUUAUUAACAAAAUUCUAGUUUUUUUUUCUAAUUUUGCAUGUUCUCUAUAUAUGUAUAUUUGUUUUUUUUUCAAUAAAAUAUACUUGCAAU